AUGCAAGACACAAUCGACAGUAGAAGAUUAGAAUUAAGUUCAAUACCAUCAAAUGUUGCCAAAUCUCAUUCAUCUGACAAUAUUAAUGGUCAGCUAUUAUGCGAUACUCAGAUGACGGAAGAUAUAACGCUCAUUCAACCAUCCACAAAAUUGGCAUUAUCGUAUUCCAUCGUUACUCAUCAAAAUGACCAUCCAUUACUCGAUAUAACUCAAAUAAUCAACAAACAUAUAAAAACAAUUGGCCAUAUGUUUAUUGAAUUAACUAUGAACCAACCACAAAUCGAUUUGAUACCAUGUUACACAAUAAUGAAUGAAUUACAAACACUAAUUGAACAAUUCAUUCAUUACAGUCAAACGACAUUAAAAGAAUUUGACACAACUAGGAAUUUGAUGCACAAUUUAUUACAUUUGUGUCGUACGUACAGUGGUCAAGCCACAAAGCAACAACAAGACGCCAAUUAUAUAUCGGUAGAUUAUCGUUUGCACGAUCAAUUUUUAUUAAUGUUGAAACAACUUGUUUUACUAGUGGAUAAAUCAUUCAGAUCAACAUCGUCAUUAUCAUCAACAACAGCAGUAGAAACACUAACGAAAACAACAUCAAAUUUACAGAAAAUAUUGGAAAAAUUUCAGAACAGCGUGGAUAAAAUAAAUAAACAAUUAAAUACGAUUAAAAUAAAUCUUGAUUAUAUUAUUGACGAACUGUAA